AUGGCAUCUGUGAUGAUAACCAGGUCCUUGGUGUUUCGGACAAAGAACGGAAUGAAACACACAAAUAGUAAUGUUCUACGUGGAGAUAGCAAUCAGAUGCAAGGUAUCAAUGGUUUACAAGCAAGACGUAAUGUUGAGAAACCAAGUAUGAAACCCUCUGUGAAGUUGUUAAGAGAGCCAGAAGAAGGCGGGUUUGCUCCCAAUAUCGAAGAGAACAAAGAAGCCUUGGAGCUGCUGAAGAAUGCAAUCAGGAAGGCUGGCUACACUGACAAGGUUGUCCUUGGCACAGACGUGGCUGCCUCUGAGUUCUUCAGGUCUAGGAAGUAUGAUCUGGACAUUAAGUCUCCUGAUGAUUUCCGCAGGUACAUCACACCUGAGCAGCUGGCUGACCUGUACAAGUCCUUCAUCAUGGACUACCCAGUGGUGUCUAUCAAAGACCCCUUUGACCAGGAUGACUGGAACACAUGGCAGAAGUUCACAGCCACUGCAGGAAUCCAGGUAGUGGGAGACGAUCUGACUGUGACCAACCUAAAGUGCAUUGCCAAGGCCGUGGGUGAGAAGUCGUGCAACUGCCUCCUGCUCAAAGUGAAACAGAUCAGCUCUGUGACUGAGUCCCUUCAAGCAUGCAAGCUGGUGCUAUCCAAUGGCAGGGGUGUGAAGGUGCCUCAUUGUUCUUGGGAGACUGAAGUUACCUUCAUCACUGACUUGGUGGUGGGGCUCUGCACUGGGCAGAUCAAGACGGGUGCAACUUGCUGGUCUGAGCUCUUGGCCAAGUACUACCAGCUCCUUAGAAUUGAAGAGGAAGUGGGCAGCAAGACCAAGUUUGCCAGCAGGAACUUCAGAAACCCCCUGGCCAUGAUUCUGCUCUUCAUCAAAAUGUUUCUCAAUACAUAUGGCAUGAAAUUCAGAAGGUGCCGCAAUUCAGUACGAAUGAAGACAAUCUUCUUGGUGAACAUGUUCUGGGAAGAAAAAGCCUUGGUUCACGUAGAGGAACUGGAAAGAACUCUUGUGUCGAAGGCCUCGGAUGGCUUAUGCUCUCAGAUACAACCCUGUUAUGAAGGUAAUACAACAAAGACCAGUUCUGCAAAUAAAAAUGUUAAGAAGUUAAGAAAAUUGUUCAAGAAGCCAGAAGGUGGUGCAGUGGUCAAUGCCAACACUCCAGACAGCUGGCUCAACUGUACCACUUCCAAAAGCAGAAGUAGGAGAAUGAAUGAGUUCGUGCAGGGUAAUGGCCGGAGCUAA